GCUCGACCGACAACACCAGCGACAUGAAGUUGACCGGUACGUUUCUUGUCCUGUUGACGGCUGGGGUUUACGGUGUCAGUGUGAGAGAAGCGCUUCAUUCCCCGACCGUUGAUAAUGCUGAGGACGGAGUCGUGUUACCCCAGAGCAACCGCAAUGGCUGGGUCAACCCCGAAGAUCUAGCUCCGAUGCCACAGUGCAUCGCUCAGCAAGAUCAUUCCACCUGGCUGAAAACCAUGACAGGAUGCACCAGCAAACGAUGCACCAACCACUUUGGAAUUAUCUGCACCCACCACCAAUGGCUGACUCAGCUCAGCUGCUUCAGCAAUGCGUUUUCCACUGAUAUGGUCGCAAGCUAUCUCCCAUACUGCGGUCGAUCAAUACUUGCCAAAGCACAAUUGUAUCAUUGGAUUCAUGAGAUUACCGGUCGAACGUGGCUUGUCGAUGUUGGCGACGCAAACGGACUGCAAGCUCUCUCCCCAGCCUCUCUGGCCAAAGGGUACGCAGCUGUUGACAUACUUGACAAAGCACCCACAUGUCUGACUGGCUCCGCUUCUGCUGUCUCGCUGGAACCAUUUCAACAUGUAAUAGCCUCUUGUGGUUUCACGAGCACUACCCAACACACCGGAAAUGCCGAUCGUCCGUGGGAAUAUAGUGAAAGACUGCGGUCCAUGACUGCGCUGGAUUUUGAAACCGUUGGUUACGAUCUCGUCCAUCAUAGCAUCAAAGACGGUGACUACUUUGAUAAAGAAUGCUUCUGUGGUGCCUACUCUUUAGAUCUUCAAAACGAGCCGUGCUCAGACUCAGAAAGUUUGGAAUUUACGAAGGAGCGCCUCUGGAUUCACGCUACCUGUGGAUCGAUGUCUUUGCCCGAUAGCUGGAUGGACACACUCAAAACCACAAAGUUUGCAUACAUUCCCAUCGAAAAAUGGCACUGGCCGAAGUGUGUCUCGGAUAUGCCGAAGCAGGUGACCGAGCUUACUGAUCAGUGUGCAACCGAUGCUUGUGAAAUCGACUCAAGUGGCUUCUGCAAGGUGAAGCCUGCAGUUGACAGGGCUUGCGUUUGCCGCGGCAUUAGCUACCAUUCCUGCGGAGGUUCCUGCCAUAUAUUCGAGGGGCGAAUAGACUAUACUAAGUGGCUCCACAAUCUUUGCAGCAAUGUGGAGGACUGGCAUGGUCUACCAGAUAAUUGGCGCCAGCUAACCGUCCCUACUCCCAUUGAGAUGAUUCCAUGGCGAUGGACCCUCAAGCCGUCCAUCAAUUCAGAAAUGGCCAACACCACCCAUUUGGACCACUCCAAAGCAUCGGAAACAUGUCCCUCGAAUGAUUGGAAGCUCGGAAGCAUUUCCCUAAUCAGCAUAGCUAGUUACCUUGCAGUGUUACUCAGCUACAUAACCGGUAAAGAUAAAGGUUCGCGCGGGAUUGCAUGGUACUCGCACCCGUGGGGUUGGAUGUGCAAGGGGACUGUAAUCGCCACUCUGCAAGUCACUGCGAACUGGUUCAAUGCUUUGAUAGUUCAGAGUACAUCGGGCUAUGAGGACGUCCCCGUUAUUCAACUGAUGCUCCUCUGGUCUUCAAUGCCUCGGUUUACUUGGUUGUCCAUCUUAGUGAUUGGUCUACAAUCCUCAGGAAUGGUGGGAUUCUCCGCGACCGCGUCUUUGUUAUUUGCGGAAUUGAUCCUCCAGUUCCUGUCGUCAUAUCACAUGCUUAUGACUGUCAAUUAUGGUCGACAGCAUAACUUCUACCUUGGAGGUAUAGGAGAAGCGGAGAGAUGGGAUUCGGCUGAAACGAUGUAUGCUGGAGCACUCAUGUGGCUUAUUAUCAUCGGCGUGGGACUUGUGCAUUUGGUGCGCACCGUGCGAAGGCUGGAUAGGUUGGUUGGAUCUGAUAUUCUCAACCAACCAGACUGGCAGACAAUCGGGGACACAACAUCGAUGUCUAGGAAGAAGUGGAGGGCCCGUCGCAGAAGACUCAUAGACGAUUAUGCACAGGGUCGGAUGGACAAGCCCAUCGGCUCCGAAGAAUCCCUGUUGACAAGUGGCAUGGGAGGGGAUCAGAUUGUGUAUGGCACAUUUUCUGCUCAAAGCCGACAGAAAUGGGGUUAUCCAACAGCAUCCAUGGUGUUCUAUGCGGAAACGGUCAUGCUGCUGCUCCUUCUCUGGAUUUCACAGUGGUUCUUUUGGGGCGGAUUCAUCGGUCUCAGUGUGGAAGAGUUCUGCCCGCCUAGGCUUGGUGUGCUCAUGAGUGUGUGGGUUGCUUUUUCAACGAUGAGCGCUUUGAUUGUUGUUAUUUGACCGGUUUUGUCUGCUUUUCGAGCCCAAUGCUGUGACAGACCUGGCUUGCAGCUGCUUUUGAUUGUUUCUUCGUGAUUAAGGAGUUCCUUCGACAAUAACGAUUCAUUUGUUGCAGACAGUAUAUGAAGGUAUAUGCGAGGAUUCAAUUACAGGACAUGAUCCAGACCCUCAUCAUGACGGGCUCCUCUAGUUGUAUCACCUUCAGAAUACGAUAACUCUGUCAACAUUUGCAUUGGAAGGAUUUAUCUCAUAUCCC